AUGGACAGCGCAGGCAACAAUACCACAUUAUAUGACGAUGAUUCGUUAUACCCAAGCGAAUUGGCCCUUCACAGAGAAUUCAGCCCGACUGAAAGUGUUAUCAAAAACUACAUACCAUGGCCGAUAGAAAAAUGCCUGGAAACAUUUCUUGUUAACGACACACAUCCUGAUGACGUUCCCAACCGUGUUUAUGAUUACAAUGGCACGCAAGUCUUGUGUCUGGAGCAUGCCCCAGUAUUGACUAAAAGUACUCUUAUUAGAGCGAGUGUGUUAUCUGCUAUGGCAAUUCUAUCGUUCUUUGGCAACUUGGCAACAAUUAUAAGCAUACAGAAGGGAAAAAGAGGUCGAGGGAGAGCAAGACCGUCGUGGACAGCGAUUUAUAGUUUGAUAUUUCAAUUGAGUAUAGCUGAUUUGUUGGUGACUGUAUUUUGUAUUGCUGGUGAAGCAGCGUGGUCGUUUGCGGUGCAGUGGUACGCUGGGAACAUAGCUUGCAAAUUGUUCAAGUUUCUGCAGAUGUUUGCUUUGUAUUUGAGUACUUUUAUUCUCGUGCUUAUCGGAGUGGACAGAUGGCUUGCUGUGAAGUAUCCGAUGCGAAGUAUGGCGACUGCAACAAGAAGUGGUAGACUCGUAAUUCUCGCGUGGGCGCUGAGUUUUUUCCUAAGCUUGCCACAGGCAGUGGUAUUCAGUGUAGCUCAAGGGCCAUUUGUUGAAGAGUUUUAUCAGUGCGUCACACACGGGUUCUACACACAGCGGUGGCAAGAGCAAGCAUAUACUACGAUGUCAUUGUUCUUCAUGUUCAUAUUACCUUUAAUCGUACUUAUAGCAACGUAUGUGUCCACAGUUAGAACUAUUGCAAAGAGUGAAAAGGUAUUCAAACCCGAAGUGCGGAGGCAGGAGAAACAUUUUACUCCAGAUAUGAAUAGGAGAAGGCUCAUUGACAGAGCGAAGAUGAAAUCUUUGAGGAUGUCUGUUGUAAUAGUAGCGGCUUUCCUAAUUUGGUGGACGCCAUAUUACGUCAUGAUGAUUAUUUUUACAUUCCUUAAUCCUAACAAAGACCAAAGUGAAGAAUUACUCAGUGGGAUUUUCUUCUUCGGGAUGUCGAACAGUCUAGUCAAUCCUGUCAUCUACGGAGCAUUCCACUUAUGGCCGAAGAAGAAUCGAUCUCAUCGACACAGUGACAGGGAAUCCGGUGGCCAUCACGCAUCGCUUCUUCGACGUGGUGACAACAACACUUCUUCGAUCCGACUGACGAUGAACAACCGUUCAAUGAGGUCCUCAACCAAGUACUCCAAUGGUCAUAAUGUCAGUUUAUUAUAA